CCUCAUCCCUGUGGGUUUUGUGUCAGUGCUGAUAGAUUAUGGCACUCAAUUGAGUAGAGGCUGGUGAAUGAAGGGUUCCUGGGGCUGGGCUUUCUAAGAAUUGGAAGUCCUCCCGAGGACUGGGCUGGAGGCGUCAAUACGCUGAGAGAUGAUGAAGGUUUUAUAAAUUCACGAGUCGAAGAUAAUCUUUGAGCGAUGUCCAGAUCGGUCAGCAACCGGAAAAAGAAAGUCACUUUUCGAGAGCACCCAACUCAUUGUGAGAAGACUGGCAGAAGAGGCAAUAAUCCCCAUUCCAAUGCAAUUCGAUCCUACUUCCCUUUUCUGAUCAAACAACUCAAGUUAUCCUCUCCUUUAUACCAGAGUUUGAACAAGAAAGGAGUCUUAACCACUGACCAAAUAGGACUGAUAGAGCUAGAGGACUUGGCAGAGCUAAAAGUGGCCAAACUUCUUGAGAUUGUUAGAAAUGCUGAUGGCCACGUGUUCAAGUUAUUUUGCAGUGCUCUGGGUGAGAUGGGAUAUUGGUACCUUGCUCAGAUUCUUCAGACAGCUGCUGAAGAAAAGGAUGGCUCAACUUCUACAGGUUUGGGGAGUCAAGGUAGCUCCAAGAAGACAAACAUGGAGAUGAAAGAUUGGAACACAGUGAAGCUCAGUAAUUCAAUAUCUGAGCCAGGAGAUACAUUUAGAAGUGAAAAACAAGACUUGAAAGAAAUUUUGCUUCUUUCUCCAGUAACUCACAGAAAUCUGAAAAACAACAAUUUGGAGUUAAGUCAAAAGAUGGAGCAUAUGAGGAAAGAAUAUUUGCGGAGAAUACACGAACUUGAAGAAGAGUUGGCUUCUGUGAGUCGGGAAAGAGAUAUAACUAUGAGGGAACGUAAUAUCAUCGUCCUAGAAAAUCACGAACUACAAAAUCUUAAUCAUGAACUCCAGAAACUGAUACUAAAGCUGGAAAGUUCUACACUUAGUAUGAUACCGAAUUAUCCUAUCCACUGUGUGAAUGUGUUACCGGUAGGGCAGAUGACUGGCGGGCAGACAAGCCUCUUGUUCACCUUCAAUCAACACAGGUAAAAUGCUGAUAGAAUGAAGUUAAAUUGAGCACCUUUAUCUGUUGGACAGCUCACUCUAUACACCUAUGGAAUGGUCUGUGAUGCUCAAUAUACAAACUAGCUUAAAGCCUCAGUUGGAAGAUUCAGAACUACAAUAAGAUCAUCUCCUGUUUAACUGUGUAUUCUUUCCAAGUAAAUACCCAUAGCUAUAAA